AGACGAGACGAGACGAGACGAGACGAGACGAGACAAGAUGAAUGAAGGAUUACCAGGGCUAGGCGCAUUGGAUUGCGGUGAGGGUCUGGUUCACUCUUUGGGCAAUGGUCUGGCUAUCUUUUUUCCAACGGGACAUGGGAUGAUGGAUGCGCAGACCGUCUGCUUCCUCCCCCUCCCGCCUUUGAAGCCCCAAAAAAGGAUGAUGCUGCAGGACAGACAUGAUGGGUGGCAGAUCAUCUUGAUCAAGUCUUGGCCACGUGUUGACGUCUCGCUACCAGGCAUGCCGAGCAGCCGAUGGAAUGGACGAGACCUGACGAGACCCUGACCAUCCUCAACGACCGGCAAAAUUCACAAUGGUUCUUGAUCUUGGGGUUUGCCCCUUCCCAGAUUCUCUUCUCCACGAAGCUUAACACGGGGUGCGGGGAAAGGCGGGAGCUCCGCACGGGGGGGAGGGAAGGAUGGGUUGGGAAUGGGGGGAAGAAGAGACCAACUAACCAGGGA